CGAAACCUUGCUUUGAGAUACCUCAUAAAAGGAGGGGUGGACGGCCUCUUCAUGAGACACGAAUCGUCUCGUCGCUGUUUGUAUUUUGCGUGAAUUGCUGGCCUCUGCAUUCCUACAAUCCGAUUGGGAUUGGUUCUGCGCGUCAUCCCCAGUCUCUCACCUCGGCCCAGAGGAGCCCGAUCGUUUGUCCUGCUCACACUCCGAUCUCGUGUUGCCAUCUUGAACGUUCGAAGUCGUCACAGUGUCCCGACGCUUCGUCUUAUACCUGCCUACGACGACCAGUCUGGAGACUCCAUUUUUUCUCGCCUUCAUCCACCUCUCCCACGCUUCACUUGGAGGCUCAUCCUUCGACAAGACUCGAAUGAACAAAGUCCGCAUCCCCAAACAACCAUGGUCACUGUAACAAGUGUUCUUCGGCGUUCCAGUACCGUCAACUUCUUCGAAAAUGGCGGAUCGAGCGGAGAAUCCUCGAGACGACCCUCACUUGCGGAUGCACCUUCCUCGCGACGACCUAGUCUAGCAGGCUUGUCCCUUCGUCUGGCCCCUCGAUCUAAAAGAGCCAAUUCUUCGAAGGACGUUGAUACCCUUUCAGACAAGGCUGCGUUAGUUCUGCUUGCUCAUGAAGAGACGCGAUAAGCCAAUGCUGACUUUCAGCAGGCAAAGGUUAGGCCAGGCCUUCUUUUCACUACCCGACGAGAUCAACGUCCAUAUUCUAUGCUACCUCUCCCACGCCGAUAUAUUCGCCCUACGCCUCACCUCACGUUCUCUCUAUUCCUUCCUUCAGUCCCACGCCUGCCCGAUAACUCGCGCAGUCCUCGCCCAAUGCGCCUACGACCGUACCGCAGAUGAAAGCGAAGAAGACAAUCUGGUUGAGCGAAGAGCGGAAUACAGUUAUAAUUUCAUUCGAACUCUCUACCCGCAGCCGACGCCAUGCACAUCAAUGGACUAUCUCCUACAGAUGCUGAGAAGGCAACACCAAAUCGAUAAGAUGCUGUCCGUCACCCUGAGCUUUGUCCAGAUGAGGAUCUACAUGAUGCCGAGUUGUCCUCGCUUCGAGGACUUCCGACCAUACAAGAGAAAGCUUACUCGGCGAAUGCAUUUGGCUGCGUGGACGAUAUACCAUUUUCUGGAAAACUACAGAGAUAUCCUGAUUUACGCACAUCCAGAACAUCACCCUGUAGGAGAGGAUCAUUUCGCAGAGGGGUCACCUCCUGACGAACCAGCCUUGCCGAGCUUAUCGUCAUGUCGGCAGUGCAACGAGUCUCUCAAAUCUGUGCUUCGCUCAUAUCCUGGUACCGAGAUCAUACCAGCCUACCACUUCUACGACCUGUGCCGCCAACAUCUGCGUGCUCUAAGCCGAGCACCAAGUUAUGCUGGCACAAUCGAGCGGCGGCUACGGGGGUGGAGUCGAAAAUGCCCCACAGAAGCAGAUCUGGCUCUUUAUGUCAUAUUUGGUGGCAUCCCUGAGCUGUCCAAGCUGAGUAUGCUCAAGGGGAGCUACAGUCAGCGGAUUGACGCAAUUGCCGCAUUUACCGACAAGGUCACAAGCGCUGCAAUUUCGAACACCCUUGGUCCCCAUGCUCGUGCGCCGCAAUACGCCCCCUUUACUGAGGAGAAUACACUGCUGCCGUCUGCUUCGUUCGAUCGCUUGACAAAUUCUCUCAAUGUACCAUUCACUGCCAUCUCUCAUGACAGUGUCUCAUCAAUCCCGAUCUUUGACCGGUUCAUCAGUGCAUCAGAUGAGUGGAUUACCAGAAUGUUUGAACUGGUAAAGCAAGAAAAUCAGAUAGUGACUACUUUUGGCUUCGUCCAGAACGUUCUGGCAGGGAAGCAGGAACCGCCUCCGCCGAGCAGAGGAAAGCUUGAUGGGGAAGUUGAGCGGCUGACCGAGGGUGGCGACUUCGACUUUCUGGCGCCAGUCAAAGGGUUUGAUUGAAUUCGUGGGAAAAGAAUCGAGAGUGCUCUGCGGUGAGUGCUAGUCUCUGCACAGGCAUUACGUGAAUGGAGCUCAGGACUUGAUGGAAUGUAUCAAUAGCUACGAAAUAAAUAGACUUUGAAGAGUGUAUGUGCUGACGCCUGCGACAGGGUGAAACACGGAUGACUCUGUUUCUUGACUACCUAGGUACGGUGUCCGAAUUGAAUCAUGAGUAUGACUGUGCUGAAUUUGAUCCUGGCGAAUUCGGCUCCCUCGAUACUUAUGUGGGAAAGGUACAAAUACCCCUGACCUCUCACACUCACAGUCUGCUAUUCUUUGAUCCGGACGAAUAUGAUAUAUUUCCCUUCCGUUGUUGGUCUUCCCUUCUGGUCUGGCAUCACUCCCUUCAGAUAUGUCGCAGUACUUUUGUGCUUUGCACUCGACGAUACUCGACAUUAUGCAAGUCAGCGAAACUUCGGUGCAAUCAUACCUGGCCAUCUAUAUGCCUGAUCCUUUCCUGCCCGAAACUUCGCCGGGUUUCGCACCGGAGACGGUCCUAGUCCGGCUCGGGAGCCGGCGAAGACCUACGAUAUCGACAAAGGUAAUAAAUAUGAUGGCCGCUGGCCGAGCUCGGGAGAGCAUGGCAUCUUCUUCUCCCAGUCGACUUGCCGCCGGCCCUUUUGGUUUGGGGCUUUCGUUUCGGAACAGUAUUCCCAAGGGAUAGGAUGUUCCCAUCCAGACACACUCCCAUGGUCCUGCGGGCUAUGCUAUGACUGCAAAAUUCUCGCCUAGAGGAUCAAGCAAAGUGACGACAGGUACCGGAAGCUCAGUCACGGCGAGAGUCGAGGAGUUUCGGACAGCACAAGCAAUGCCAAUCGUCUUACGAGAUGGGUGUUUUGUGAGAUUACCCAUUGCAAAACGAAUACAUCUCUAUCAACCAUCAAAAGUUCGUCACCAAUAUCAUGGAAGUGGAACCUCUCCCUCCGGCUGGGCCCUUUUUGGGGCAUUCGGCUUUGCUUUUGGUGCCAGGCGGAAUAACAGUAUCGCAGCUACAUCACAUUAUACAACACAGACAUCAAGAUGGCAUCCUUAUUCGAAAGGUUGCCUCUGAAUACUACGUGCUGGAAGACAUAUUCGUCGGCCCUGUGCCGUGGUGCUGCAGCAUGAAGCGUAGCGAGGUGAUAGCUACGAAACCAGAAUUGAUGCCGGGCUCUGUUGCGGUGUCAAGUUAUGGCUUUCCCGGCUGUCUGCGUAUAUGGCCGUUUUUGUGUCCGCGCCAUAUUGCACGGAUCCAGCGUGCUCGGUUACGUUCCCAACCAAAUGGUAGCAACGAUUUGAUCCAAUUGCCCGGCUUGUACAGUGACUCUGCACCGGUUAUGGAAUGGCGUGGUGCAGUCCAUCGCAGAUAGUACAUUCAAGCAACGCCCCUCAGUGCCUGUUCCUUGAGCAGAUGGCCAACGCCCCGAACGCACGGUCG